ACGACAAGCACAAGACAGUAGACAGUGAAAUAGCGAAUAAGGAUUUCAGAAAUCAGAGUAGACGGCAUAAUACGCGGCGCCGAUCGUUUAAAUUAUAUGAGGUGCAAAUAAUUCGCGCCAAAAUGUUGACUCUUUUUUCCUAAGUCGCGUUGUUAAUUAAACAUUGUCGAUAAAUAGUUACUUUUUAAAAUAUUAGUCGAAGUUCAACAGUUUUAUUUUGUGUGAAAUAACUAAGUGUUGUGCUUUUGUUACUUUUACUUUUACUCGCGUUUUGAUACGACUACACGAUGCAAACCGUCUUGAAUUUUAAUUCUAUGAGAGUGUAUAAUAUUAUGGUAUACUUAGAAAAAUGCUAAGAUAUCUAGUGGUAUUGUUAUUAGUUAUACAGACAUUAAAUUUAGUGCACUCGUCGAGUCUGCUAUGCGGUCGCGUAAAAGAGGUGGAAUUGGGUGGCAACAGCGGCGCGGGCGCAGCGCUGGCGCUGACGCUUAUCCGCCCGCCCACGCUCCCGUCAAAUGCGCCCUGUCAGUUGCAACUGACUGCCCCCGAUGCAGCUGCAUUCACUGUGCGGCUAAUUGAUGUUAAGGAGUCCUUAGCAGAAUGGGAGCGUGGUCUGGACAUGCCACCAGAGGCGUUAGGCCGCAAGUGGAGCCAGAGGAGCGCCCACGCGCAGCGGACGUCAAGCGACCAGACAGUCACCUCCACCAAUGCCACUGACGCUUGCAAACUUAUAAUUUAUAUAGAAGAAAAGCCAAUAUGGAAGUUAUCGCUCUGUGGUGGUAAUGCCGCAGCAGUAGCAUCGCGGGCGGGUACCAAACUUCUACCACCAAAGCUCAAAAUAGUGUGGAACCCUCCUACCACUCCCUAUCACCACACGGAGAAAUUACGGCUGGUGGUCACUGCUGUUAACAGUGGUGCUGUUUGCAAUAACGAUACUCAGUUCACUUGCGGCUUGACAAGUCUUUGCAUAUCGUCGUACCUUGUAUGCGAUGGUGUGAGGCAUUGCCCGGGAGGCGAAGAUGAAGACACGAAUGCCUGCUCACACCGCCGGGACUCCCCACUUCUGGAAGUACUGAGGAGGAUAGCGGCUAGGAACCAGGAGUUUUUGGGCCUGGAACAGCCUGAUGGCAUGACGAAGCCCUCGGUUAUAAUGAAAAUAGGCGAAAGCGAAACCAAAUCAAACGCAUUUAUUGAAUUCGCGAAUUCCCUCCGUCCGUAUGGGCCCUGGUCUUACAUCGUCGUGGGAAUGAUCGGAUGUGCCGUGAUACUCAUGUUCUGUCUCGCUUGGGAAUGCUGUUGCAAGCGUUCCAAGCCUUCAGACACGCCGCUAAACAUUCCGCCUUCGUGCGUUGAUCUCUCCCCUUCAGUGGCUAUGACCGCGUCUUCCCAAAUGUUCUCCAACCCCCUUCCAUCACCCCCAGAGUACGAGCCUCCCCCUUCCUACUCCUCCCUCUUUCCCCGCGCCUUCAAGACUUCCCCCUCCCCGGUCCCCCAUUGCUCCCACCAAGAGCCAGAUUAGGACACGCCAAAUUUAAGAUCUGGGCGCGAAUUGGGAUUUUCAGCUGGUUUUACGAAUUAAGCCUGUUAAGAGAUGCGUCUCCGUGCAAACUAAGUCUCCUAACUGCGAUUUUGACAGAUGGGAGAGUUAGUUCGCGCUUAGACUUGAGAAUUAGUCUAUGGAACAGACCAUAACCAACAAUCUAUUGAACUAUUUUAUACAUAUGCAAUAAAUUUUUAAUCUUGUCUGUAUUAUCUAAUUAAAACCUGUAUUUGUCAAAACUUGGCCGUAUUCUAACAUCAAACAUAAAUCCUAGUAUCGAGUUAAACCAUUCGUUACAGUUUGACAAUAUGACGAGAUUGUGAUGGGAUACGAAUACGAGCUGAAGGGCCUUGAGACAAAACAAAAUCACUUGUCGCUAAAAACCCCAUAACGAAGUUUUAUGAAAAUGGUCACGUGACAAAGCGUGAGCAGUUGUUCUCAUACAAAUUUUUGUAGCGUUCGAGUCCGGGGUUGGAAAAGUGAUUUGUGUCUAGCCCAUAGACAAGUAAACUUUAUAUAGAAGAUAAAUCCUAAAACCUUUUUUGAAUUUAUUCAUAGACUAUAAUAGAAUAAAAUUAGAAUAUUAAUUAAAAAAAUCUUAAUUCGCCCCCAGACAAUUAGUUAUUUAAAAUACCCGGAUAGUCAACGGGUUAGCAUUAAAGCAAAAAUUAAAAAAACUUACCAAUUAUACAUUUUACGGACGUAUUCUAAAAUGAAUUCCUGUAUGACAAGGAGUCGUUUUCUGUGUGCGACAUUACGCCAUUGUUCCCGCGUAAAUCUCGUCUUCACUUAAUGGUAUUGAAAAUAGCGCGCCACCUAUGGGCAGAAAACGACUCCUUUUUAAUUUUGAGAUUUUGACCAUUUUGUAAAAGCCAUAAUAUUAAGUACAAUAUUUUAAUAUAUUAUAUAUGUUUUGGGACCAAUCAAAAUAUUUGUGCCUUGUUAUUAUUCACUACGGACUGAUUAUAUCAUGACCUGGUUUUUUUAACGUCUUUAUUAAAGUAGUUACAUAACACAGAGACUUUUGUAUGAAAUUAUAAGGGUCUCACAACUCAAAAAUACCGUCUGGUACAACCCUAAGGAUAUUCAGAAACUAGAUUUAUGGCUAGUGUCACUUGCGUAUAUCAAAAACCUUUUGGAUUUUGACAUACAAGUCUCGUUUCUAAACCUAAGAUUGAUUCGUAACUAUGGCAACAAACUUUACGAUUUCUAACAAAGCUUUUAAAGUUUAAAAAAAUUAAAAAAAAAAACAUACAGAUUUCAAAAUGCGACCUUUGACAAUUGUCGCAAUCUAAGG